GACCACUCAAAGUCCACACCGACGUCCUAUAAGACGAGUAUCCUCAUAUCAACCAAAAUAAAAUAUCAGCAAACUUUUUAUUCUCCCAGCCAAGUUAUAGUUUCUUGUAGCUAACAUGAGGUUGGAGAAGAAAGAGGAGCGCCGUGAAGAAGAUAACGGUGACGGGCACAAAGGCAUGCCGUCAAUGGAAGUUGUACGUACGGUGACGGAGGAAGAGGUGGAUGAGUUUUUCAAGAUAUUACGGAGAGUUCACGUGGCAUCUCGGACAGUUACGAGAGCCAACGGCGGUAUUGAACGAGAGUUAACGACGUCUAAGAAGAGGAAACGGAGUCAGAUGCUUGGAUUGAGAAGCUCAGUAGAUACUAACGGCGUUCGAGACGGAGAAUUAGAUGGAAUAGAUCGGGCCGGGUUACGAGACUCGGGUUUCGAUCUUAACUGUAAACCGGAACCCGACGCAGUUAGUGUAGAAGCCGGAAAACCGAAUCAAAUAAACAAUAUAAUAAAAGCGAGAUGUUAAGGAAUGAAACGAUUGAAUAGACGAAAUGAAACCCGAUAAGAAAACGUUGAUGGAGUCGAGA